UUUUUCCCGACUGAAGUUUCUGUUUGGAAAUGGCCCCAAGGUCUGGUUCCCGGGGAGCACAGGCCGCCGCUCGGAACAUCCCGGUGCUCAACGCGCGGCUCCUGAGACGCGGGGCUGGAAGGGGCCGGGAGCGCGUUUCCCUCAUCCCGCCCUGCCGGGUUGUUUUGAAGCUAUCGAGGCAUUUAUCCCGCAUUUAUCCCGCCCCUCCCCGGCUCGGGCUGACGGACGGGGAUGCCGGCCCGGCGCGUGAUCUGUUUCCUUAAAGCAGAUAGGAAUGUUAAACAUUCCUUCCUCCCCUGCCCGUGCGGCUCCCGCGGCUCGGCCGAAAAACGGGGGUCUCGGGCCCCUCGGCCCUGCCCACGGCGGGGGGGGCUCAGCCCGAUGUGCUCCGAGUUGUCACAUCUAGGGACAGCCGGGAGCAGCACCCCAGGGCUCCGUGUGCCCCGCGAUGGGCAGCUCGGCCGGACGGGGUUGGACCAGGAGCAGGGGCUGCCCCAGCAUGGCCCACAGCCAGGCCCGGAAGCGAUCGAGAAGCAGGAGCAAAAGCCAUUCUCGGAGCAGACGGGAGAGGAAGGAGAAGAAAAGGAGGCAGAGCAGCAAGGACUCACCGCAGGGCAGCAGCUCUCCUCCCAGGAAGGAGACCUCUGGGUCACACCGACACAAGUCGAGCUCAGCAGCAGCUCCUCUUCUGAUGACUCCAGUGACAGUGACUCCAAAACAAAGAAGAGCCGACACAGCAAAAAAAAGCGAGUGAAACAGAAGGACAAGAAGAAGAAGAGGAGAAUAAAGAAGAAAUCGAAAAAGAAGUCAAAGGAAAGGGCUAAGGAGGAGAAGGCCAAGGAAGAGGUGAUGCCUGGACCCUCACUGGAGCAGUGGCAGAAGGAGUCACUGGUGGACUCUGGACCAGUUUUGACAGAUGAACAAAAGUCCCGAAUCCAGGCCAUGAAGCCCAUGACAAAGGAGGAAUGGGACGCGAGGCAGAGCGUGAUCAGGAGAGUCGUGGAUCCUGAAACAGGGAGAACCAGGCUUAUUAAGGGAGAUGGAGAAAUACUAGAAGAGAUCGUCAGCAAGGAGAGACACAAGGAGAUUAACAAGCAAGCCACGCGUGGGGACGGGCUGGCCUUCCAGGUGAGGACUGGGAUGCUGCAGUGAGCACGGGGGCACCAGCCCAGCUGGGAGCCUCUGUUUCUGGACUGUGCAGACAGCACCACACCAGGAUGCUUCCCCAGGGGCAGUUUCCAGCCACUCUGUAAGUUACUGAGAAGGAGAGAGAUGUUAAUGCUUCUAUCUCCCAGUAAACAGCUUCUCCUCUCCCUUUGUUGACUGGGGCCAGCGUGGCUGUCAUGCACUUGGACCUGCUUGCCCUCAUGUCCCUUUUGAGGCUGGAGGAGCUGAGCAGAACCCAGGGGAUGGGCUCGCUGGUACUGAGCACCCUGAGGUGCUGCUGCCCCUCAGCUCUGGGCUUCGGUGGGCAGGAGCCAAAGCUGUGGCCAUGAAAACAGGGGUGAGGGGGGCAAGAGAGUGCUGCAAAAUACACACCUGGCACCUUUUCCCUUCAGGGGCUGCUCUUGGCUUUUUCCUUGCUGGAUCUUUGUGCCCCGUGCUCACCCUGUGCUGCAGGCCCUUUGCACUCACACACUGAGGAGCAGCUGCAGCUCUCCUCCCUGCCUUCAUGUCCACCCUUCCCUGUCGCCCAGGGGGGCAGCCUUUCUGCAGCUCCAGCUCAGGGGGUGGUGCUACGGGAGCAGUGCCCUGGCACACCGUGCUGGGCCGUGGGCAGAAGUGGGCUCUGCCUGCCUGUCCCUGCAUGCAACACAUGUCCCUUCCCCGCAGCACAGGCCCUGUGGCCACUGAGAGGCAAACAGCUGGCCUUUCCCCACUGCUAAGUCCAUAAACCCACCAUCUGUAAAGACAAAAAAGGGACAAAUGGGUUAAAGGACAAAUGGGAGUGAUCUGCACAGAGGGUUUCCACAUCCUGUCCAUGGCUGUAACCCCAUUAAACUGGUGCCUGCUCA